AUGCGUACAGUCAAUGUAGAGAAACCAGUUGAACCUUUGAAGAUUUGUAUUCGACGCGCAGUAAAAACGGCAAAACCUUUAACCUCUCCCACCAUAGCGACGGAGACUGGGAUUACCCCAGCAAGUCAAACAGAAUCCUUGGCAGCUGUGGUCCCGGCUGCGAAAUCAGACAUAUCCAGUUCCGCUCCGGCUCCGAAGCUGCAGUAUGCCCCAGCCAAGCGUGGCCGGCCCCGUAAGUCUGGAACCCCAUCGGCUACCCCCGCUGCAACAUUUAUAUCUGCUUCUGCCCCGUCUCCGGCGGUCAAGAUGGCCCCAGCCAAGCGUGGCCGUCCCAGUAUCGCCGGAACCUCUUCAACCAGCCCCGCUGCAACGUUUGAGGAACCCCCAGCCAAGCGUUUCCGUCCCAUUAAGGUCGUGGCCGCAUCUGCGCCUGCCCAGGUGACAGAGGUUGGUAUUCUCCCAGUAAAGGCCAAGGCUGGCCGUCCCAAGAAGGCCACACGAUUCCAGACCUCAAUCACUUUCAAGUCGGAGCCUGUGGAAGAUGCUAAUUCUGAGCGCAUUCAGGCACGAUCCGAGGCUUAUUGGAGAGAUCAUCAGGGGAAGCCGGGUCACAAUCCCAAGACAGACACACCUGGCUUGACCUCAGAUGCUCAGCCGGCAGCUUCUAUCCCCACAUCGGCGCCUGCUACUCGGAAAAAGCGUGUCCAGGCAACUAAUAAGGCGACUGAUAAAUUUCCCGACAAGGAGCCCUUGUCAACCGCAAGCAAGAUUGUUUCGUUUUGGUACGAGCAGGCGGCUAAGGUGGACUUGAACAAGCCAAAGAAGAGAGUUAAUGCUAGGAAGGCCCGUGGUGCUUAA